GAGGAGGAAGAGGAGGACAGAGACCGAAGGAGUCCCGUAGGGAGCAGGAGGAGGGAGAGUGGGGAAUAGAAGGGCGGGAGCUGACGUGUUGCUCCAGCCUCCCGCCCUCGCCUCUACAUCUGAGUUAAAAGCUCGUCUGGUCUCUUCGCUACCGGCGCCCCCCCCCCGCCCCUUGCAGGACCAGAAGCGGGGCCGCCUCUGGUCGGGACCCGCUCCUCCCGGUGCGCGGUGCCCGCCUCCAGUGUCCAGCAGGACGCUCAUUCCUUCUGUGGCAGCGGCAUUCGGAGCUAACCUGGAGGCUGGGGAGCUCCCGCCUUCCGCGGCACACCCUGGGAGCCUAUAACCGAGCAGAGCAAAGGAGCGGAGCCGGCGGGGAUACGGAGCUCCCGGGACUAGCUCCCCGCAGCCCAAGUUUGCGCUCCUGCAGCCGCGGCUGCCAAAGCCCACCUUCUCUUCCGCUGCCUAGCGGUUCCGACACUCUGAGAAGCCGGCCCCUACUUGUGCAGGGUUUCGGGAAGAGGACACUAGCUUCCCUCCCUAGCAGUUGUCCCAGUCCCUCGAGACCUGGGGUCCCGGAGAAAAUCUGAGCAUUGAACGCUGAGGCAGUUGAUCUGAAGGUGGUCGGCUGUGACCUUAGAAAUUCCUUGGCUGCUACCCCAGAGACAGCAGAGGAAGAUUAGUCACGAUUUCAGAGCCCGUUGGGGUCCCUGCCGAGUUGGUGCUCUGCACUCCCGAAGUCUGGCGCUGACCAGGCUAAGGUGGUCACCUGACCUUCCACCUCCGCGGAAGCCUGGAAGCUUUGUCCCUGGGACCCUCCAGUAGCCCGAGCUAGAAUGGGAUCAAUAGCUCCGGUCCUCCCUUCUCUAAGCCCUGAAUCUGCCUCCCCCUCUCUGACUUCUGAAUCUAUUCCUCAGUUUCCCCACCUGGUUUCAGGAGAGUGCUGAUGAGCCGCCAGAGACAGGUGGCAAGGGUUGAACCUGAAAACAUUCCUAAGUAAUCCAUUCUGGUCCCUUUUACCUGCCUGAUUCUCAAACGCUAGGUUCAAAGGCUAGGGAGUAAUUAGGCAGAGAAUACAUGGCCAAGUGGCUGAAGGACUACCUGACCUUUGGUGGUCGAAGGACCCCCCCACAACCCCCUAAACCCGAUUAUACAGAGAGUGAUAUCUUCCGGGCCUAUCGGGUUCAGAAGAGUUUGGACUUUGAAGAUCCUUAUGAGGAUGGCGAUGGUCAGGCGGAGCCAGACUCGACCUGCCCCAGUUGCCCCAGCAAGCCUUCCUGUCCUGGGGACCACCAAUACGGUUCUCCCAAAUACAGGCUCAUCAAAGUGGAGUCAGGAGAUCUGAACCGCAGUAAGAUGUUGCUGGGAGCUCCUGGGGAAGACAAGACAGCAGAUGACAGUGAGUAUUCGGAUCCCUUUGAUGCCCAGCCUGAAGCCCAGUCGGGUGCUCCAGAGCAGCUGCCUGCUGACAACAGCUACAUGGAGCCCUAUGAUGCCCAGUGUGUGGUAACAGACCUGCAGCUCUAUGACACACCCUAUGAGGAACAGACGGCAGGGGGCAGUCCUGAGGCUGAGCAGAGGCCCCAGCACAGCCGCCUGCCUCGGGAUGAUGAGCGGCCUGCUGAAGAGUAUGACCAACCCUGGGAAUGGAAGAAAGACCACAUCUCCAGGGCUUUUGCAGUGCAGUUUGAGAAUCCUGAGUGGGAGCGAGCCCCAAGCCUGACUAAGGAGCUUCAGAGGCCCCCAGCUAAGACCUCAGGCUGGAUGGGGAAGGGGCCCAACCCAGAGGAGCCCAGCCCCCAGCCAGCUGAGCGGGUGGACCCAGCCCUGCCCCUGGAGAAGCAGCCGUGGUUCCACGGCUCCCUAAGCCGGGCUGAGGCUGAGAACCUCCUGUCCCUCUGCAGGGAAGGCAGCUACCUUGUCAGGCAGAGUGAGACCAGCCAUCCAGACUUCUCUCUGUCCCUCAGGAGCAGCCAGGGCUACAUGCAUAUGAAAUUCACCCGGACAAAGGAGAACAAGUUUGUGCUGGGUCAGCACAGUGGGGUCUUCUCCAGUGUGCCUGAGGUUGUACAUCACUACAGCAUCCGCCCCCUGCCUGUGCAAGGCACUGAACACCUGGCACUGCUCCACCCCAUCACUGUGCAGAUCCCCUGACUGCCUUUGCAAUAGCACCCAAGGGUCAUCCCUGAGGCCUCAUGCUCAAUUGUCCUUCCUGGGCUGCUGCUGAUAUCUGGCCGUGGUACUCCCAUCCCAGGCAGGAUCUCCAGGCUGGAAGAGACCCCAGACCAUCUGGUCCAACCUCUCCUGAGCAACAUUGCUGACUAGUAUCCAGCCAAUCCUUGAAAACCUCCAGUAACGGGAAACUGACCACCUCCUGAAAUGUCCCUUUUUGCUUCUGGAUGGUUUUUGUUGUUAUCUAAUUGAAAUCUGCCUCUCGGAAACUUCUCUCCAUCACUCCUAGUUCUGGACUCGGAGAGCAAUAGAGAAUCAGUCUUAUCUCUGUCUCAUAUGUGAGCCCUUCAAAUGCUUGGAUGAUGGCUCUCCAUCAUCCAGGGUCAGCAUCCACAUGUCCUUCAACCGGUCAUCCCAUGUCAGAUCUCAAGGUCCAUCUCUGUCCCAGUCACUCUCCAGUUUGUCACUGUCCUCCCUAUAAUGGGGUCCCCAAGCCAACAUUACUGAUGAGAUCUGAUCAGGACACUCACUUCGCUAGUUCUAGACUUGGUGCUGCUCAAUAAAGGUCAAAAGUCAACUUGGCUACAAGGUUACUCUGUCCUGUUGACUUAUAUUGAGUUCCCUCAGGAUUCACUGAGUCACCAUUUCAGUUCCCCUAGAAAAAAAAGGUGUCCCUGGCUAAAACAAAGACACGGGCCCCUAGCUCAGCCCUACGGUUGACCCUAGACACAAUACUGCCAUCCAAGACGGCCCUGGGCUCUGCCCUUGCACAGAGAAGAGUUUGCUCUAGGCUGGAUACAAUUUACCUGGAGAAGUUACAAAGGGUGAGUGGAAACUCAGGCUUGCCCCCUCUUCCUCUACCACUUCCCAUCCCAGGCUGGAGGAAGCCAAUGGUGCAGAUGGACAGCCUUGUUCUCUGGGCCUGAGUUUUCAGACCCCAAGAGUUUUUCCCACUCUCUCCCACCCAAUAAAUAAGUUAUAUCUGACUCCUGCAUACUGUCAUGGGGGAGAAGUGGAAGACAAGAGCUUCUGUUGGGUGGGAGCAAGGUUGGCCCUCCCUACUGGCAUGUGGGAGCCUUUUCAAUCAUGCCCUGCCUUGGUUGCUAGCAUAGUCAAGGCACUUGGUGGGCAGGGUGAUGGAGGAUAGGGUGGAUCUCUCUGGCCAAGUUGGGAUGUGCAUGGCUCAACCCCUGCUUCCUUAAUCUCCCAUCCAUUAUAUGGGAGGGUGUCCCAUGGUUCACUCUUCUGGAAGGUAGAGGAACUAGGUGAUAGUCUGGGGCAAGGAAACUGCUGAGUGGGAGGGCAGAGACAUGGGCUAUGGCCUCAGCUCUGCCCUUUUCUUGCUGUGUGACUGGGCAAGCCCCUUCCCUCUUCUAGACCCCUAUCUCCUUGUUCAUAAAAUAAAAAUAUUAAUGAAGUGAUUUUAUUUUA